AUGGCGGAUAGUCACUUUGGAAUCUCUGCUAUUUCGAAAAGAGCCCAAACUAUUCUAAAUAUGGUUAAGGAAAAACCUGCUACUCUAUUGCCGAACCAAAACUUAAAGACAAAAAAUAAUAGUAAACCUAAGCCGGGUUCGACUGACCAUGUUAUGAACAGUAUAUAUAUGAGGCCUUAUUCAAUGACAGCCAGCAUUUUUGACACAUUCUGUGAGACACAAACUACAUACAACUCGCACCAUUUGUUAAGUUUAGAUACAAGUAAAUUAAAACAGGCUCUAUCCAACGAAACUAGAGUCCAUCAAACUAUUACAAAAGAUGUCGCCAAGACGCCCGUAAAAGUAGAUUUAACAUGCAAUGAAUCAAUGCCACUGGAGGAUUCUCCGCUUGAGGUAGAAUUCCAGUCGAAUACAAAAGAAAUGUAUGAAAAUAGUCCACAUGAUUUUGAUUCCGACGACUCUGUUCUUGAUAAAGAUUACUUUCCAUCUGAUUCCCCAGAAAGACCUGAAGUGUCUGAAAGGAAAAAAAAAGAAGUACAGGCUGCAAACAAGAUUGUUAAC